GACAGAUGGAAGUUUUGUGGUUCAUGAUAUACCUUCUGGAUCUUAUGUAGUGGAAGUUAUAUCCCCUGCUCAUAAAUUUGAACCAGUUCGAGUUGACAUAACUUCAAAAGGCAAAAUGAGAGCAAGGUAUGUGAAUUACAUCAAAACUUCUGAAGUUGUCAGGCUGCCAUACCCGCUUCAGAUGAAAUCUUCUGGACCGCCUUCAUACUUCAUAAAGAGAGAAUCUUGGGGGUGGACAGAUUUCCUCAUGAACCCUAUGGUGAUGAUGAUGGUUCUUCCGUUACUGAUAUUUGUGCUGUUGCCUAAAGUUGUCAACACCAGUGAUCCUGACAUGAGACGGGAAAUGGAGCAGUCAAUGAACAUGCUGAAUUCCAACCAUGAGCUGCCGGAUGUCUCUGAAUUCAUGACAAGACUUUUCUCUUCAAAAUCUUCCAGCAAGUCUGGUGGUAGCAGCAGUAAAGCAGGGAAAAGUGGUGCUGGAAAAAGGAGGUAGUUAUAUCUUCAUCCUAGGCCUGAGUUUGCACAACUGUUUGUUAUGUGGUAUCAUGUUUAUUUGUCUUGAAAGAUCAAAAAGCCACUACUGUAAACUUCAAUCAGGCAUGAAAAUGGAAUGCUACAACACUUGUGUGUAGCUUUUUAGUCUAUUUAAGCAGUUUUGUACUUGACAGUAAGCAAAAGAGGACAUGGCUUCAAUACUGUAUCUGUGUAAAGUUACUGAUGAUACUGAAUUUCUCUGUAGAGAAUGAUAUAAAUUAUAUGAUAUGCUAAACAGUAAUGAAUGUCUUAAUGAUGAGAAUACAUAAAGAUAUUCUUUCAAAGAUAA